UAUUAUUGAGUAAGAUGAUUCUCAUUCUGUGUCCUGAUAGCGAAUGUCUCACAGUGUCUGAGGACAGUUGUGUAGGGGACAUACGUUAGAUUAGCAUUAAAGAAACUUGUUCUCUAGUCCUGGCUCUGUGUGACUUAAGGCAUGUCACUUCACCUGUCUUGGCCUGUGCUGCCUGGUCUAUAAAAUAAUUUCCAUCGAGCCCUCGCAUUCCAGGUUCUUACUGGAAAUAGGUAUGUGUGUUGUGUGUCUGAUAACAUAUGUGUGGUGCAUGUUGCUCCAUCUGGUAUCUAAUUAUACAUUCAUUUGUAAUGUGUGUGCAUGCCUGAUAUAUUUCUGGACAUGUUCAGUAAUGGUAAAUGUGCAAAAUGUGGUUUUGAAUGUGUGAAAUGUCCAUAUUUGUGUGGGAAUGCUUUGUAUGUAGUAUGUACAUCUGCAUGUCUACACGUAUGUUGUCACGUGUUUGUGUGAAAGUGGUGCAUAAGAAUAUUUGUCAUGACUGUAUUUGUGCAUGUGUGUAUGCACAUCUGUGCAUGUGAGAAUGGAUCUAUAUAUGGGUGUGUCUAGUGUAACGAAUGUCUCCUCUUUGAUUGCAAUCUAAAUCACAGCUUCCUUUUCAAGUUACAACAGGCACAGAGAAAAAAGAACCCACUUCAUCCUGCCUUCUAAAGAAGCGAGGCAUCUACCAAUAAGAUGGAAGGAACUGACAGAUCCAUCAGGGGUAUCACUCAGAAUGGGGCAGACUAAUAUAACCUCCUGGGGGGGCUUUGUCUUUCUGGGCUUCUCCAGCUUUGGGGAGCUGCAACUCCUGCUCUUUGCCAUAUUCCUCUCUCUCUAUCUCAUCACUCUGGCCAGCAAUGUCUUCAUUAUCGUAGUCAUUAGGCUGGACAGCCAACUGCACACCCCCAUGUACCUCUUCCUUUCUUACCUAUCUUUUUCUGAGACUUGCUACACCUUGGGCAUCAUCCCUAGGAUGCUCUUUGGCCUGGCUUUGGGUGACCAGGCUAUCUCCUAUGUGGGCUGUGCUGCCCAGAUGUUCUUCUCUGCCUCGUGGGCUUGUACCAACUGCUUCCUUCUGGCUGUUAUGGGCUUUGACAGGUAUGUGGCCAUCUGUGCUCCACUGCACUAUGCCAGCCGCAUGCAUCCUACCUUCUGUGCCCAGCUGGUUGGUACCUCCUUCCUGAGUGGGUACUUCUUUGGGCUGGGGAUGACACUGGUCAUUUUUCACCUCCGAUUCUGCAGCUCCCAUGAGAUCCAGCACUUUUUUUGUGAUACGCCGCCAGUGCUGAGCCUGGCCUGUGGAGAUGCAGGCCUGAGUGAACUGGGGAUCCUCAUCCUCAGCCUGCUGGUCCUCCUGGUCUCCUUCUCCCUCAUCACCAUCUCCUACUCCUACAUCCUGGCAGCCGUCCUGAAGAUCCCCUCUGCCAAGGGGCAGAAAAAGGCCUUCUCCACCUGUGCCUCCCACCUCACGGUGGUCAUUGUUCACUAUGGCUGUGCCUCCUUCAUGUACUUGAGGCCCAAAGCCAGCUACUGUCUUGAGCGGGAUCAGCUUAUUGCUGUCACCUAUACUGUGGUGACCCCUCUCCUCAGCCCCAUUGUUUAUAGUCUAAGAAAUAGGGCUGUGAAAGCAGCUCUGAAAAAUGCUUUCCAAAGAUUAGUGGGUAAAGGAUCAGAGGGAGAUCAAUGA